AUGGAAAGUGUUUUGAAGAAUAGGGCAUACGAAAAACAUUUGCAGUAUUUGUUGUUUGACUCGGACGACGAGAUCUCGCACCUGGAGUGGGAGACGGUGCGCGUGCGCUUCGUCAAGGCCGGCACCCUGCAGCGCCUGGUGGAGAGCCUGGCCACCGACGACGGGGAGCUCGAGUCCACCUACAUCAAUGUGUUCCUCACCACCUACCGCACCUUCGCCACGGCCAAGCAGGUGCUCAGCCUGCUGCUCGACAGGUACGAGCAGCUGGCAAACAAUAAGUUGGAUUUACCUGAAGAUGUUAUGGGGCAGCAUAGAAAGACUCUCGUCUUAGCUCUUCAUGUGUGGUUGGAUUCUUAUCCCGAAGACUUCAGAGAUCCUCCUACCCACCCAACUCUUCACCAGCUGCUGUAUUUUUAUUCGUGUGCUGAUUAUCCUACCAGUAGUUUAUAUUUUCAUCCAGCAAUAGCAAAUGGCAACUCUUCACAGCAGUAUCACUUUCCUGAUGUACCUGAGAGGCAUUUUGCUGAACAGCUCACAAGAAUGGAUAUGGAAUUAUUCAAAAAGUUGGUGCCUCAUCAAUGCCUUGGUGCUGUGUGGUCUCGAAGAGACAAAAACCGCAGCCAUGAAGCAGCAACUGUUCUGGCAACCGUUAAUCAGUUCAAUGCUGUGUCUUUACGGGUCAUCAGUACUGUGCUAAUGGAACCUGAUAUAAGACCUGGAGAGAGAGCAAGAGUCAUUGGCACAUGGAUUGAUAUUGCUCAGGAACUAAGAGUUCUCAAAAAUUUCUCUUCAUUAAAAGCCAUUAUUUCUGGUCUUCAAUCUAAUCCUGUAUACAGGUUACAGAAGUCAUGGCAAGCAGUUCCAAGGGAGAAGGUUGAACUUUUUGAAGAACUUGCUAGGAUAUUUAGUGAAGACAAUAACCAGUGGGCUCAACGAGAGUUGCUAAUGAGGGAAGGAACUGCAAAAUUUGCUGAUACUGUUGGAGAAAAUGAUAGGCAACUGCAAAAAGUUUUUCAGAGGCAGCUUAACAAUAGCGGACAAAUUAGUCAUGGAACAAUUCCAUAUCUGGGGACGUUCUUAACAGACCUCACAAUGAUUGAUACAGCCAUUCCUGAUACUGUAGGAGAAGGUUUAAUCAAUUUUGAUAAAAGACGAAAAGAAUUUGAAGUCCUAGCUCAGAUUAAAUUACUACAAGGUGCAGCUAACGCUUAUAAUUUACCUGAGGACCCUUCAUUUGAUCGAUGGUUUGAUUCUAUUCUUGUUCUGGAUGAUAGAGAAGCUUAUGAGCUGUCAUGUCAGAUAGAACCACCAGUUCCUGGUCAAGGUUCAGGCACAUCUGGUACCAUGAGAGAUAAUAGGUUUAAAAAACGAACAGGAGCUUCCAAAUGGUUUUGUGGAUUUAACGGGCAUGUUCAUGUAUGUUUCCAGACAUCACCUUCUCAAAUGUCUUCCUCAUCAAGUAGUUCAUCGCUGCCAUCCCUUGAUGUGUCCAUGAGCAGCAGCAACACCAACACUUCUCUUGGGAAUCAUAGUGGAAGCACAGCAAACAAAUCACUGAGCGUUCCUUCUCAUACACCCAGCUCUUUACAGCAAAAGUCUCAUGAUUUUUAUAUUAUUAGGGUCACAGUGGAAACAUCAUCUGAUGAAAUUGAUGGAAUAGUGUUAUAUAAAAGUAUUAUGUUAAGCAACAAUGAAAGGACGCCUCAAGUCAUUCGGAACGCAAUGCUGAAACUUGGUUUGGAAGGAAAUCCUGAGUCGUACACCCUUGCUCAGGUUUUACCUGAUAAAGAAAUGGUUCUUCCUCCAAAUGCAAAUGUAUAUUACGCUGUAAACACUGCUUAUAAUCUCAACUUCAUUUUACGACCAAAAAGGACCAAAGAAGAGGCAGGAGCAACAACUAGUCGGACAAAAGCCCCUAAAAAGGCAGUUGUAAGCUCCUGAGAAAACAUUUGAAAGAGAAAAUGACUCUAAGUGAUUUUUAUGUGCAUUCAGUUCCAUCAACAUGGAUGGAAGAGAAUGAACUGAACUUCAUAAGAACAAUAUAGAUAUCGAAGAAAUUCUCUUUCGUCAAUUGGUGUGAGGGUGCGUAAUUCCAGGCAGUUACGUCUGAAGUGCAAGGAUAUUCAGGGUCAGUACGGAGACCAAGUGCAAUAUUCACUAUGUGAAUAAUUCAUGGUUUUUUUAUUUCUGUUGCUCUCAUUCCUUUGUGCAUUGCAUCAAGAAGUAACACUCCAUGAUUUUAAUGUACAAAAUAAGAAAAGCAAGAAGCUUAAAAGUUUCUAUUUAUUUCUGAUAUUACUUUUCAUUCAAACAGUGCUUAUGUUUGGUCUGUGAUAACAUAAUUCUUCAAAACUGGUGUAGAAAUUUACAAAACAUCUGAUUUCAUAUGCAAGAUUACUUAUUUACUAGUACUUACGAGGAAGUAAAAUCUCACUUAUGUCAACAACUUUGUGACAACUCUUGUACUUACUUUUUCCAUUUUACUUAUAAGACCCUCUAAUUUCAUCAAUCAGUAUUAACAUAUCGCUGAUCAUCUGAGUGAAACAGUUUAUAAUUUGUAACAUCAACUCUCUGAAACUUUAACAUGUUUUGCUGAUAUAAAUUCUACUCAUUAAUGUUAUACUCCCAUUAUUGGUUUAAGCAGUAAAACUGGAUGUAGGUAAAAUCUAUGUGAAAAUGUUAACUGUAAUAUUAUAGUUACUUAGAUAAACCAAAACAGUAUACAAUAGCUGAAACAAGUUGUUAUUACAUAACUUCUAAUUAUAAGAAACUUUCACACUACUUCUGUUGGAAGAAAUGUCGUGUCCAUUUUGAUGGAACAAAAACAAUGUAUCAUGUGUGCCAAUAUCUGGAAGUAUGACUCCAACAAGCAAUGAUUUAAAGUUUCUGAAAAAAGUCUGUACGUGUAUAUACAUGUUCUGAUAUAUUAUAAUAUACACAUGUUCUGAUACACAAUAUUUACAAUGUAUAUUUAGAAGUUCUGAGAUUAAACAUGCAAUCUAUGGAAUCUGUGACUGAAUUAGAUGUAUUUUGUAAAAUAAUUUUGUGUAUUAUUCUUGAGAUUGCAUUGUAAAACAUCAAAUAAGGGUAUAAAAUAUGUAGGAAAACAUCUUGAAUUUCAUACAUUUUAUUUUGUUUCGGCAAUGUGUACUUACCACUAAGACACUAAAAUUCCAUUUUCUUUCAAUAUAUGUGUCCAUAACUUUUAGCCUAUGGACUUCUUAUUUAUUCAAGAAUUAUUUGGCAUAGUUAUUGAAGAUUUAGAAAUGACCAAACUGUUGUCUUCCCUUUCUUGCUAAAAAUUGCACCGAUAACUCUGUUUUGUACAACAUUUUAACAGAGAAAUCAUUGUUCACUUUAAAAUGAAUAUUUAAUGACACUUCAUAUUUUUAAUAGAAUUUCUUUUGCAACUGUUUAUAUCUAUUUUAAAAAUUUGGCUUACUUACUUCAAGCAAAAUCAUGGAAAGUUAAAUUACUCUGAAAGUAUUGGAAAUGCUAGACAACAUUUUCUGAGAUUCUCAUAUGUGUAACUUUCUUCUUUGAGUUCACUGUGUUACGCAAGGUGUUCUGUACUUUUCUUGUGUAAUUAUUUAAAAGAAAUGUAUAUUAAGUGUUUUAAUCUUUCUCUUCAUUAUUAAAAUUCUGGAAACUGUGAAAUACUCUAUGUGAUCUAGUGCAAGAUAUCAUGUUUCAAUAUAUUUAUUUUUUACAAAUGUUUAUUAGUGGUAUUAAAUCUGACAACAACUGUAUAUUGUGAAUCAAGCUUGUAAUAAUUGUUUUUAGAUGUUUGUAAAUUAUAUGAAUGUUUUCUUAAUAAC